AUGUCACCAACUUAUUACGGAACGGCGAGCCUUAUCAGAUCUCUAUACACAACAAGCGUAUACCAGCAACCAAACAUCACAUCCUACGAAUCCAAUGGUACAUCAACACGCGUUGAAACAGAAGAAGCCUCUAGUGAGAACACAGUUCACACAACCCCAAUGAUGACCAGACUCGCUCUCAUCUUGGUCUUCAUUCUCGCAAUCUCUGCAUUUAUCUGGUAUCGUUAUCAUAAGACAUGGGCGGCGGUGCACAAAAAAUACAAGAAAGCGAAGGAAGCGAAGGAAGCGAAGAAAGCAAAAGAAGCAAAGGAAGCUGCAGAGUUGGAGAAAGCAAAGGAAGAAUCGAGAACGAGCACUUCUAAAGACAAAGAUCCUGCUCCAGUCAUAUGUUUUCUUAUAUUUCAAUUGAAGGCAAACUUGAUCAAGACAGCUAUCUAUCUUGAUCAGCUCGCUACCGAUCUAACAAUGUCACAAAAUCAGGAUCGUGAUAUUCAUCAAAAUGAAGGAGAUACAAACGAGGGUAUCGAGAGAGAUAACUCCGAUGGUUCUCUACGCUGUCCACUCUUCGUACAGGAUACCAAUGAGUUGAUCGAUGAAGAUGGGACUGUGUACGAAGGUUGGGUUGAUGAAGAAGAAUGGGAGAAAGAACAGAGAGCUCGUCGAAAGGCUGUUUUGGACUCUCGCUUUGCCUCGUUGCUAGCCUCUCUCGCUGAGUUUUCCAAGAAUCCUCAAAUUGUAACAGAUACUUCGGAUACCAUGUCAUCUGCGACAACGGCCACCAAUAUGGCUUCAGUUACAUCAGCUACCGCUGAGACAUCUUCAGAUGUUCCUAUCGCCGAGAAAAACGUCCCUUCACAAGUUGCAAUGGACUCAGAGUCAGAUGAUUCAUUGGCCUCUAGUGAUGAAAGAAAUGAUGGAGCGCAACCUUUCUUAACGAGAUGUCUCUUUGGAAGCUUUCUAUGUGAUCCUGAAUUCCAGGGCCAUCUCUAUAAUCUUGAAACCGAUGAUGAAUAUGACACCGUGAGACGUCACAUUGAGGAAAACGAUGACACUGACGAAUACAACGACGACUACAGCGACGAUACUCUCGAGAAUGAUACUGAGGACGAAGACGAAAACGAAGACGAAAACGAAGACGAAAACGAAGACGAGGGUGAAGACGAGAGUGAAGACGAGAGUGAUGUUAAUUCCGAACCCGGGGAUAACGAGGGAAGUCUAAACACGGACAUAGUAGAGGCUACUCCUGAAAAGCCCUUAAACAAUACAUUCAUUAUUGCUUUCUAUCAAUGGGUAUUUGGAAUCCAGCCCAAGAUACAAUGGUCUGCUGAGGUGUUUACUGAUGCUGUAUGGGACAUAAUCAGUAAAGUACUAUUCACUAUCGGUUUUUUUAUGUGGUGGAUACUUCCGGAAAAGUUAAAAGAUAAAUUAAAAGCUCAUUGUGCUGAUUAUCUCACUUCUGGAGUCGGCAUUCCAAGAACUGUCGUUGAGCAGGAGACUCGUUCAGAAGAGGCAGAAGAGGCAGAAGAGGUAGAAGUGGUAGAAGAGGUAGAAGAGGAAGAAGAGGAAGAAGAGGAAGAAGAGGAAGAAGAGGAAGAAGAGGAAGAAGAGGAAGAAGAGGAAGAAGAGGAAGAAGAGGAAGAAGAGGAAGAAGAGGAAGAAGAGGAAGAAGAGGACCAAACCUACGCUUCCAGAUUUCAACGUAUCGUACUCGACGCUUGGGACCACUUAAUCGAAACCCUCGGAGAGGAAUGGGCACGCGCGAACCGGAGAUCAUGGUACCGAUACAUCAACAAAUUCUGGCGCCGAUGGAUCGUACCCCGAAGAGUUGACAGAGGGAUGGAAAAUAUCUGGGUAGUAGAGAUUCCGGAUCUGUGGGAGGGAGAGUUUGUUUUCGGCGAGGAAUGUCCGAGGGAUUUAAGGAUCUCUAAGUAUUCGUUGAGACGGUAUGGUGGGAGAUUUGGGGGGUUUCGUCUUUUGUUGUUUAGGGGUUGA